AUUUGGCCGUGUUUCUGUCGAGAUUAAGAACAGUAGUAGUAGGCUAGUAGCAGCUAUCAUCGACCAAUCCAAGACAAGAGUCGAAGUUCACUCUAUAAAGCAUUGGGACACACUUUCUUCACACUCCUCGGAGUCCGUGAGAGUCAAUAGUUGUUAAAAGUUAAAACCGACAUUACCGAAUGGAAGAAGCGGCGUCGUCGGAGCGGCGAAGCUACUGGCGGUGGAGCAAGCGCGACUUCUUCCCGGAGAAGUCAUUCGCGAGCGGCGAGUCGUACCGCGCAGCGCUGGCCGCCACGUGUCCGCGCCUGAAGGACCGUCUCCUGAACCGGUCGAGCGACUCGCACGAGCUGCUGGUGCUCCCACGUGCGAGCGAGCACCGCAUGACGCGCUGCCUCACGUGGUGGGACCUCACGUGGCUGGCCUUCGGCUCCGUGGUGGGCUCCGGCAUCUUCGUCGUCACCGGCCAGGAGGCCCGCCUCAGCGCCGGCCCCGCAAUCGUCCUCUCCUACGCCGCCUCCGGCUUCUCCGCCCUCCUCUCCGCCUUCUGCUACACCGAGUUCGCCGUCGACGUCCCCGUGGCCGGCGGCUCCUUCUCCUUCCUCCGCAUCGAGCUCGGCGACUUCCUGGCCUUCGUGGCCGCCGGCAACAUCCUCCUCGAGGCUCUCGUCGGCGCCGCCGGCCUCGGCCGCUCCUGGUCCUCCUACUUCGCCUCCAUGAUCUCCUCCAACUCCGAUUUCUUCCGCAUCCACGUCCCUUCCUUCAAGCAAGGCUUCGACAUGCUCGAUCCCCUCGCCGUCGCCGUCCUCCUCAUCGCUAACGGCAUUGCCGUUAGCGGCACUCGCAACACCUCCAUCCUCACCUGGCUCAGCUCCCUCGUCACGGCGCUCGUCAUCGCCUUCAUCAUCGUCGUCGGCUUCCUUCACGGUAAAGCCUCUAACCUAACGCCGUUCUUCCCUUACGGCGUCGACGGCGUUUUCAACGCCGCCGCCGUCGUUUACUGGUCCUACACCGGUUUCGACAUGGUCGCCACGAUGGCUGAGGAAACCAAGAAACCUUCUCGAGACAUUCCCAUUGGAUUAAUCGGUUCCAUGGUUAUGAUCACUGUUAUAUACUGUUUAAUGGCUCUUUCGCUUGUGAUGAUGGUUAAUUACACUGAAAUUGACGUGGACGCUGCUUAUUCCGUUGCUUUUGUUCAAAUUGGGAUGAAUUGGGCUAAGUAUCUUGUUAGCAUUUGUGCUUUGAAGGGGAUGACUACUAGCUUGCUUGUUGGUUCCAUGGGCCAAGCUAGGUACACCACCCAGAUUGCUAGGUCACACAUGAUUCCACCCUUCUUCGCUUUGGUUCACCCCAAGACGGGGACGCCGGUCAACGCUACGUUGUUGACCACUAUUUGUAGCUCCGUGGUGGCUCUCUUCACCAGCUUGGAUGUUUUGUCGAGUGUGUUUUCCAUUAGCACGCUUUUCAUUUUCAUGCUUAUGGCGGUUGCUUUGCUUGUGAGGAGGUACUACGAUAGGGAGAGAACGGAGAAGGGUGAGUUGGUGAGGGUGCUUGUGUGCUUGUUGGUUGUUGUUGGUUCCUCUGCUGUUGGCUCUGUGCUUUGGCACACUGGCAAAUUGGGUUGGGUUGGGUAUGUUGUGGCUGCUUGUGUUUGGUUUUUGGGGACAUUGGGGAUGAGUUUUCUUCCCAAGCAGAGGGCUCCUAAGGUGUGGGGGGUUCCCUUUGUUCCGUGGCUGCCGGCGCUGUCCAUCGCUACUAACCUCUUCCUCAUGUGCUCUUUGGACUCUCAGGCCUUCUGGAGGUUCUUGAUUUGCACUGCUGUAAUGUUUCUCUAUUACUUCUUUGUGGCUGUUCAUGCCACUUAUGAUGUGGAUCAUCAAGAGGAAGAGGAAGUGGAUGCUACCAAACAAUAGCGACUUUCAAGGGACAAAGGAACAAAACUUCUUAUUUAUUGCUGCUGAGCCUGCUAGUGCUAGCUGCUUUAUAAUGUUGGCGUUGCAUACUUGUCAAGAUGCAACUUUAAGCACAAGUAAGAGUUCUCGAUUCUGUGGGUUUGUGAGGCUCUGCCAUGAUGCUGUUUUGCUCAGCAUUCAAUUGAAAUUAGAAAUGCUGGUUGUAUAGUUCAUUGGGUAGUGUGGAUAAAUUAGUAGUCUGUGAUUUGAUUAUUGAUGCACAAUAAUAUUUGAAAUGGGAGGAACUCUUGAGUCUUGAUAUAGUUAGGUUUGAAUGAAGUUUUGCUAAAUGUGUUUGUUUUGGGGCCAUUACACUUUGCAAAGCAUGUUAAGUGGUUUAUGUCUAUGAUUUCUCAAUCCAACGUGCUCUAACAUCAAUAAAACAUAUAUUCGUAGGUCCUUUUUAAAGUUCA